AUGAGUGGGCCAGGCACUGCUAGCAGGGCACGAUGGAUGGGGCCUGACCCCAUGUGCCUGCAAGCCUGCACCCAUGCUCUGCACCAAACCUGGCUCGGUCAGAUUGUGCGGAUCUGGCGCAGCGCACGCCGGCACGGCAAGGAUAAGACUCGUGGGCAGCGGCCAAUGCGGUGGCACCGCGCGGCAGCGUCCAAGCACGGCGGCGACGGGCACCAGCGGACCAGCGGACCAGCAGGGGCUGUACUGGGCUACACCUAUCCUACAUACAUACAUACUGUACGUACAUACAUACUGCCUGCAGCACGCGAAGGCACAUGUCACCGGCGCCGGCGCACUGCCGAUGUGCUGUGCUGUGCUGUGCUGUCCCGGCACUUUCACCACCGCCGCUCGCCGCCCGCCGCUGCGUCGCUGCUUUUUCCAGCGUCCACUACUUUGCCUGUCCCUGCGCUCCGCUCGGCUAGCGUGCUCUGCGCGGGUGCAGUCUCACCAUCGCGGCAUCGCCAUCAGACAAGACAGAGUCGGACGCUCACAAGCAUUAUUAUUAUUGUCCUCGGCGUAGUUUGUGUGCGCCAGCAUGCCUCGCCUCGCCUCGCCUCGCCUCGCACAUUGGCUCGCCCACGGCAUGCAGCACCCGCUCGCCAGCAUGCGAUGCUCACGUUUUUCCUUUGUUUCACGCAGAUAUCGCCGGACGAAAACGGCGCGUCGUGUGGGCACCGCAUGGAGGCCGCGCACAUUCCUCACGCAGCUCGACAUUUGCAGCCAGCUCUCCCGGACGACCGUGACGAAAUUUCUUUCAUGGCCACUGCUGAAGGCGAGGGCCGGACAUCUCGCCGCGAUUACAGCAGCAUGGUCGUGCAAACACUCCCUGGCAACCAAGUCAGAACGCACUUCCAAGCGUACUGUAAGAGCCACGCGCGACGGCUGGACGACAGACGCAGCCUUCAGGUAGCUUCAUGGGCAGCCACGUGGGAAAUCUGCAUCCUCUUUCAUCACGCUGCUGGCCUGCUGCUCGGCGGCAUCGGCGCCACACGUCUUCAAACUGACAGGACUGCAUCGUUGGUUGUACUUGCAGCAAAGACUGUCACCAACUCUCCCACCCUGUCAGCACCAGCAACACAGGAAGCACCCGACCAAAGUUUGCUGGCCGCUGUAGCCAAACGCAUUCGAAUCUCCUUGGUCUUCUGGUCUGAGACGAAUACCGCCUUUGCCCGUCGACGCCUUACACCCAACCAUCUGAGCCGUUGUUGCUCCGUCAUCACGCUGGCAUCCAUCUGCUGCUUCUGCGUGCCCAAGUUGGCAAGGAGACCAGUCUCAAAAUGCUUCUUUGUGAAGACCUCUUGCAAGCUGGCUGUAUGCACUGCUGUAUCUGCUUCUGAAACUGCUACUGCCGACCUUGACCACAUGUUGCACGACACGCGCGGCAAGAUCCCUCUUUGCAUACUACAUGUAUGUACUGUAAGCCUGAUCCCGCGGCGAGCCUGCCAUGUGCUCAUCCGAAGAGACCCCGCUCAGCUCUCAGCCGGCUUUGAUAUAGGCGGAUGUGCUUGCGCCGAGACAUAUCCCUACAACCUCGUGUCUGAAAUUGAGCUGCAGCGUCCCGCCUCAAGCAUGCGGCCUAGCUCAAACUGGACAAUCCGCCCACACCAGGGAUGUGGACAAGUCGGUCCAAGUGAUCACAGCAUGACUCGAGCGCGAGGAUGUCCGUCGCACUGGAGGGAGGACAGAGCCACGACUCACAACAGACAGCAGAGCUCACGAUGCUGGCAUCCGCUCGGAGAUUUUUCUCUGCUGUCUCGCCCUCGUGGUGGCGUCAAAGAUCACACCAGGCUAGCCGUUGUGCUGCGAGAUUUGCUCACCACCAAGAAUAGUGAAACGCGGCAGACGCUGCUUAGCAGGAUCAAGCCGUGGAAAGCCACGUCUGAUGAGUAA